CCGGCGCCAGACGGGGCGGGAGGCUGCGGCGGGCAGCAGCGGAGGGCUGCGCUCCCCCGAGGGCGGCAGCCCUGCCGUAGCCCAGGCGGCCGGAGGAAGAGGAGGAGGAAGGGCGUGGGCUCCGGCGGGCUCGCUCCGGUAUGGCCCUGGCGGACAGCGCCCGCGGGCUGCCCAACGGCGGCGGCGUGUCGCCCGCGGCGGGGAGCGGCGCGCCGGGCAGCGGGGCGGCCGCAGCGGCGACGGGCGGCUGGUCUUCCUUCCCGGAGAUCGUGGAGCUGAACGUGGGCGGGCAGGUGUACGUGACGCGGCGCUGCACCGUGGUCUCGGUGCGCGACUCGCUGCUCUGGCGCAUGUUCUCGCAGCAGCAGCCCAGCGAGCUGCCCCGGGACAGCAAGGGUCGCUUCUUCCUCGACCGCGACGGCUUCCUCUUCCGCUACAUCCUGGACUACCUGCGGGACCUGCAGCUGGUGCUGCCCGAGCACUUCCCCGAGCGCAGCCGCCUCCAGCGGGAGGCUGAGUACUUCCAGCUGCCCGACCUGGCUCGGCGCCUGGCGCAGACCCGGGCGGCCGCCGCCCGCCCCGCCGUCCUGCACCGCGACGGCUCCAUCUGCGCCGAGGAGCCGCCGCCGCCGCUGCUCGGCUACCUGGAGGCCGAGCCGCUGGAAGGAGGCGGCGGGGCCGUGGCGUCCGCCCCGUCGCCCACCGCCAGCCGCAGCCCCUCGGGCGGGCCGCUGCUCACGCCCUCGCAGUCGCUGGACGGGGCGGGCGGGCGGCGCUCGGGCUACAUCACCAUCGGCUACCGGGGCUCCUACACCAUCGGGCGGGAGGCGCAGGCUGAUGCCAAAUUCCGGCGGGUGGCCCGCAUCACUGUCUGCGGCAAGACGGCCCUGGCCAAAGAGGUCUUCGGGGAGACCUUGAACGAGAGCCGCGACCCCGACCGCCCUCCCGAGCGCUACACUGCCCGCUACUACCUCAAGUUCAACUUCCUCGAGCAAGCCUUCGACCGACUCUCCGAGGCCGGCUUCCGCAUGGCCGCCUGCUCCUCCACCGGCACCUGCGCCUUCGCUCCCGAGCAGGGCGGUCCCGCCGAUGACAAGAUCUGGACCAGCUACACCGAGUAUGUGUUCUGCCGGGACUGAGCAUCCGCCCAGCCCGCGGCGUGGGGACAAGACAGCCGGCCCUGCACACCCUCGCACCUGCGGUCCCCUCGCGUCCCGAAGGAAGGAGGAUGUGAAGCGGGGCUGUGUCUCCCUGUGCUUUUCUCACCCGGUGUCUGCCUCCACGCACAAGGCGGGCCGGCCCCGGCGCAGCCCCCACCCCUCUUGCAGCACCUCCUGACGGCCCCGGGGCAGGAGGUCACCGUGUUGUGCCUCGGCUGUCGUGUCCCUGCUUGGCCAUAUCCUGGCGCCCACCUUCACCCUCUCUCCUGCAUCUCCCAGUAGCUGUGUUGGUAGCAAGGAAGGAGAGAAAUGUUGGGAGUAGACAAAUGCCGGUCCCACAAAAGCAUGCAUGUGCGCCCAGUCUUUGUCCCUCUCCCCACACAGAGCUGAGGUAUAGCUCUGGCAGGGUGGGACAUUUAAAAAAUCAUCCAGGUAGGGGCUGAUAAACUUUGAAGUUGCUUUGAGCAACUUCUGUUGAAGAUGGCAUGACAAAUGCCUGUCUUUUCCCAUCCCAAUACCCUUAUGAGGGAGUUUGCCUUGGUGGGCAGACCCCAAAUGGUCCAUUUUUAACUCCUCCCUUCCCCGCCCAUCAAAGCGAUGCCUGUCUGUGAGGGACUGUCACAUAGAAAGGAAGCCUGACUGUGAGGGGUUUGCAGUGGCUCACACUUUAUCUCUUGAGAUGAGUAAUUUUGCAGGAGGUGUGCAUGUGGCCCUUCACAACUGGUUGCUCCCAUCUCCCCUCUUUGCUCCCCACAUCUCUGAACUCCUCUCUGUUAAGCUGAACCAGGGCCUGCACAGCAAGCAUGUGAAGCUGAUGUGAAAGGACAGAUCUGCUGGAUAACCAACCAUUUGAACUAUGAAGUGUCCUCAGAGACACGUGUUUAUUCCCUUGAGAGGUAAAACAAAGACACUUUGAAAAAUUAAAGUACUUAUGAAUUGUAACUUCCAUGGGUGGUCUGAAGUCCUUAUAAUUCUCUUGAAGUUACUGUCUAUAAUAUGGACAGAAAUCUCAAUGCAUAUUUCCUUAAACACCCUCAAAAUGAUGGGAGUCAGGUGAAGCCAGGCUUGCCUGAGUAAAGGUAGGGCCUGGGUCCUGGGAAGCUGAAAUCCUGUGCAUUGAAUUAGUGCAAGAUGUACAUUAUUACUGUCAUCAUGAGCAGCCUUGUUACUUUUUGUCAUGUUAGUGCUGUAAAACCCUGAAGCCGGCAGAUGACAAAAAUCACUUUUUAAAGAGCCAUUUCCUUAGUUUUCAUAGCAGUAUUAUUUGGGCACUGACACUGUACCUCUUCUUAGACAAACUUAGUGCUUCUUAGAAAGGAUUGAGCCCUGUCCUCAGAAAAACAAGGAUGAUGCCAACUUUCUUCAGGGGAAAUUACUUCUUCUAAGCUGUAUUUUGUUACUGCUGAAUAACAGUCUUUCCCAGAGGAGGCAGUCAGAGUCUGCAUUGGAACAGAUGAUCUGAACCUCAGGUUUUAGAGAGAUUCAGCAGCUCUUUCUAACAAAUUCUUGAAGUCUGGAAUAUAACAACACUUCUCUUUAAAAAUCUAAACUUGAUUUAAGAAUGUGUAUAGCCUGUUCAGACCAUCACACAAAAAAUAUCCUAAAUAUAUCUGAAGUGUUGAAGAAUUUAGCAGUACAUAGUAAAGGCUUGAAGUUAUGUUUUUAAAACUCUUGAACAAUAAUUCUAGUUCUAGCUAGUUCUAGUUCUAACUUCAAAUUUAGAAAUACUGCUAGCACCUGUAUUCUAACCAAAGAAUUUCACAGUAGGGCUUUUUUAAAAAAACCCUAAUUCCUUUGGAAACAGCUAUAGCUACAUUUCUAUCUAGUUUCAGUGCUCAGUCUCUGUUCACUUGGUCUUUCAUUAAGUGCGUGCACAACUACAUAAAACUGAAAAUAAUUUUCAUCACCAUGGCUUCUUUUUUUCUAAUAUUAGCAAGAUUGUUAAUCAACGUGAUUGAAUUGAAGACGUGCAUAUGAAAGCACUGGAUGCUGUCCAUUUGUAGAUAGUUGUAUUACGGAGUAUUUUUAAAAGGAUAGAAAUGUAAACCUGCCAAAUUAGACGAGCAAUAAGAUACAGUGAGAGGCCAAUACACCUGAGGAUGGAAUGAAGUCUGUUUGUCCUAUGCCUUACUCUGAGCUGACUUCUUUGUGCUUUACUUUUACCACAAGUGAAAAGACAUUGGUCACAGCUACUAGGUCUUUACAGUGCCCUUCUCAAGAGUAAUGACCGUCUUUUUCUAGUUUCUGUUAAGUAACUCUGAAGUAUGUUUUUUAAGAUUUUGUAUAAAAUCAGUUUUCAGUAAAGUGUUCAAAUUUGCUCUAGAUAGCUUUCUUUUUUUAAGAAUCUGGUAGCUUACUGAAUCCAUCAUAGGAGCUAUGAAUAGGGGCAGUUUUAAAUUUACCCUGUGAUUUAGUGUACAUAUAUAUACAGUAUAUAAACAUUUUACACAAAUCAUUUAGGUUUUUUUAAAUAAUAUUAGUGCUACAGGAUUUCAUAAUGUAUCUAGCUGAGCAUUUUCACAUUAUGUUAUGUACAUAACAUGGUAAUGUUUUACUGGUUUCUUAUACCUGUUUCAAUGGAAAAAUUGAAUAUGAGUACCAUCAGCUUGUAGAACUGAAAUUGAUGACAUAUUUGCUUGAAUGUGAAUCUUCUAGGUGGCUGAAUGCAUCUCUAAAACAAAGAUUGCCUGUCUUUUGAUUAAUGGUUGCCUAUCCCUUUCCUGGCAGAUGACCCAGUAAUUCUCACUUUUUACAUAAAAAUGGAUGUAAUAUAAACAGGAUUUUUUUUUUAGUUUUUGUGCAAAAAAUUUUAAAGUGUUAUUAGUGUUAAGAAAUGGGCCUUUAAUUUACUGAUAACUCAUUAUCAGUAUCAUCAGCAGGCUUAAAAUGAUGGUGCCGUAAAUAUAAUAGUCAUUUGAUGCUUUGCCACAGAAAAUGAUACUUUUCUGAACCAUUACUUGGUAAUGGCAGUAAACUUUCUAAAAGGAAAAAUGCUCAAGGCAAAGUCAAUGAGUUUUACUUGUCUCUUCUAUUGAGAGCUUGAAGAAUGGAUAAACACAACGACUCUGCUGACUUGUUGACAUGAAAACAUGCAAAAAUAUAAAGGCACAAUACGGGAGUCCUGUCUGCAUUUUGUAGCUGUUGCUGUUCACAGUUCAUGUACUUAUGGAUGAAUGCAGUAGCAUUUACAAGUGCUAUUAAAAAAUCCACAAGGGCAGUCUUUAUUUUAAUUAGAACUUAAGGCAUAGGUCUUUUCAGUGAUGCACAUGAUGAAGGGUGAUUUUGCAUAUGUUUGAUAGGAUGUUUAUAUUUUUAUACAUGUAGAUAAUGAGCCACUUAUUCAUUCUUAUUUUCACAUGUAUAGCAUUGAAAAUAAAGAUCCUCCUAAGACAAAGUUGCAUACCAAAUUAAAUUUUUGUUCUUUAAAUAUUAA